ACCUUCCUCACCAUAUCUGAACUGGGCGGGUGAUAAUGAUAAUGAAAAUAAGAAGAUAAAAAUAUCAUUGAUGAUUACAAAGUAGUGAGUGAUUUAGCAAUGGAAAUCUGGUUUAUCAUUGUUGUUACUCUCUGUAUUGCUUUCUGGUUGAAAUCCAUUUUUAAUAUUAUUGUCUCUCCAAAUUCCAAUACCAAGAAGAAGCUCCCGCCGGGACCCUACAGUUUUCCGGUGAUCGGUAGCUUAUUAUGGGCCAAAAGGACCUUCGCCGACUUGGAACCCAUCCUCCGUGACCUUAAGGCUAAGUAUGGUCCGCUGAUUACCCUAAAGAUUGGGUCUCGUUCAGCCAUAUUCGUAGCUAGCCACUCCAUAGCCUACCAAGCUUUAGUCCAGCAAGGUGCUGUUUUCUCUGACCGGCCAAAGGCUGGGCCCGUCAGUAGUAACCAGCGGAACAUCAACACCUCCCCUUACGGCCCUAUAUGGCGUCUACUCCGUCGAAAUUUGACUUCAGAAAUUCUCCACCCUUCUCGCAUCAAGUCCUAUUCCAAGGCCAGAUCUUGGGUAUUGGGUAUCCUCAUUCAACAGCUCCGUAACUCCCAAGUUGAUUCUGUUAAGUUAAUUGAUCAUUUUCAGUAUGCUAUGUUCUGUCUUCUUGUAUUGAUGUGUUUUGGGGAUAAGCUUGAGGAAUCUCAAAUCAGACAAAUUGAAAAUAUACAGCGCAAAAUGCUUCUGGGUUUCAGACGAUUCAAUAUGCUCAAUUUCUUUCCUAGAGUUGGGAAAAUAAUUUUUCGGAAUCGCUGGAAGGAACUCAUUGAACUACGACAAGAGCAAAAGAGUAUCAUCAUCCCUCUGAUUGAAGCUCGAAUCAGGACCAAAGAACAAAAAAUCGAGCACGGUGAUGAGUUUGUGGUGGCUUAUGUGGAUACGCUGUUGAAUUUGGAGUUGCCAGAGGAAAAAAGGAACCUCAAUCAUGGAGAAAUCGUAACCCUCUGCAAUGAAUUCCUAAGCGCCGGAACUGAUACGACGUCCACUGCCUUACAGUGGGUUAUGGCCAACUUGGUCAAAAACCCUUCCAUUCAGGAAAAACUAUACCAAGAAAUUGCAAGUGUAGUGGGAGAAAAACAGAGCAAGUUGACAGAUGAAGAGGUGGUGAAGGAGGAAGAUUUGCAGAAAAUGCCCUACUUGAAAGCAGUGAUAUUAGAAGGUCUUAGGCGGCACCCACCUGGUCACUUUGUGCUGCCACACACAGUGACAGAGGAAGUAGAACUGAACGGCUACGUCAUCCCAAAGGAUGUCACCAUCAAUUUCAUGGUUGCAGAGAUGGGUCUAGACCCAAAGGUGUGGGAGGAUCCCUUGGAGUUUAGGCCAGAGAGGUUCUUAGUGGAAGGAUCAGAUAACGAAGGGUUUGAUAUAACAGGGAGUAGAGGGAUCAAGAUGAUGCCAUUCGGCGCAGGGAGGAGAAUAUGUCCUGCCUAUGCAUUGGCUAUGCUUCAUUUGGAAUACUUUGUGGCUAAUUUGGUUUGGCAUUUUCAAUGGAAGCCUGUGGAGGGAGAUGAUGUUGAUCUCACAGAGAUUAUAGAAUUCACCGUUGUGAUGAAGAACCCACUACGAGCUCGUAUUCGCCCCAGAGUUAACUCUGUUUGAAUUUGGAAACAGCAAAAGGGAAUAUGAUAAGCAAUAAGCUGUAGAAUCUUCCGCUGAUGUAAUGGUGGGGAAUAAUCAUAGCAGGAAAAGGGCAUUAGAAUCAUUUGGGCACACUUUUACUCUUGUAUUUGUCAAACUUAUUUUUGAAAAAGCUGUUCUUUAG